UUCCGCAAAGACAACUACGCUAGUAGCGGAGCGCAUUUCGCAACGGAAAUGCUAUUUGAAGUUACGCAAACGCCAUUGAAGCGGACCUGGAUAAUCUGGAAAGGCAGGUAGCUAGCUCCAGCAAGCCACAGCUAUUGCGUUUCAGCAAUCGACUAGCGUCAAGUUCGGGCGUAAUUUACGUGUUGGAGACAGUACUGUAAGUUGUUGUACCAAGCAAUCGGGCACCCGUGAAUUCAGACGUGGCGCCCGGUCUGAACACCGAGGCUCAAGAACAGCCCUGUCUGUCCGCAGCUAAAUUUGUCAAGCAACGCAGACGCUGAGGGCACCAUGUGGAAGAAGGCAGUUGUGGCUGCUGUCCUGGCUCUGACAAUUGGGUACUUCUACCAUACGGACCCUGAAUUGCCGGAUCGCCUGAUGCAGUACCUCUCCCAAUCCACCCCCUCUCCUGAAGGUAUCCCCAGCACACCCACCAUAGAGCAUAUCAUCUCCAGUGCCUGGGAGGCCCUGAUCUCUGCCCCUGCUCGCCAGUGGAGUCGGGUGGCUGUAGGGGUCAACGCCUGUGUGGAUGUGGUGGUGUCGGGGGUGGGGCUGCUGCAGGCCCUGGCUGUCGAUCCCGGGCAGGGCAGCGACCACGAGGUGCUCCACUCCAAAGAGGAUCUGAGGGAGGCCUUCAUACACUACAUGGAGAAGGGCGCGGCCGCGGAGCGCUUCUUCAGUGACGGGGAGGUCUUUCAGAGGAUCGCACGAGCUGCAGCGGAGUACCCCGGGGCUCAGCUCUAUGUUGGUGGAAACGCAGCCCUGAUUGGACAGAAACUGGCUACCUACCCUCAGCUGAUGGUGCUGCUCUGUGGCCCCGUGGGGCCCAAACUCCACGAGAUGCUGGACGAGCAGAUCAUGGUCCCCCCAGAGUCUCUGCAGGAGACGGACGAGUUCCAUCUCAUCCUGGAGUACAAAGCAGGGGAACAGUGGGGUCCCACACGGGCGCCCCAGGCUAACCGCUUCAUCUUCUCCCACGACGUGGCCAACGGGGAGAUGAGCACCCUGGAGACCUUCGUGGCCAGCCUGGAGGAGUUCCAGCCUGACCUGGUGGUGCUGUCUGGGUUGCACAUGAUGGAGGGCCAGGGCAGGGAUCUGUGGGAGGAGAGACUGAAGGAGGCGGUGGUGGCCAUUUCUGAUGUCCGCAACCAGGUCCCCAUCCACCUGGAGCUGGCUAGCAUGACUGACAAGGACUACAUGAACCGCAUCAUGCAGGAGCAGGUCAUUCCCAUGGUGAACUCCAUCGGCCUGAACGAGCAGGAGCUGCUCUUCCUGUCCCAGGCGGGCGAGGGCCCCCACUCUGAGCUGGCGUCCUGGGACGGCACGCCGGACGUGGGCCGGGUCAGCGACAUCCUCCUGUGGGUCCUGGAGCAGCACGGGCGCACCGAUCCCGAAUAUGAAGCCGACCUCACCCGCAUCCACUUCCACACGCUGGCCUACCACAUCCUGGUCACGGUGGACGGGUACUGGGGCAACCAGGUGGCGGCGGUGGCGGCAGGGGCGCGCGUGGCCGGCAGCCAGGCCUGCGGGCUCGAGAGCAUCGACGCCUCCAAGGUCACCCUGAGGGCGCCCAGGGACUUCCACAGCUCCUACUCAGAACCCAGGGAGAGCCUGUCUCUCGACCCCGCCAUGCCGGUCACGGUCUAUCACCGGGGCAACGUCACCUUCUACAUGACGCCCGUGCUCGUCUGUAAACAGCCGCUACGGACAGUCGGCUUGGGCGACGCCAUCUCGGCUGAGGGACUCCUGUACUCUGAGAUCCUGCAGCAGUAACGCACACUGCUGGCCCCCAGUAUACCCCUGCUCUGUCCAGCAAUGUGCAAAUGGAGUGUGGAAUUCCCCCCACCCCCUGAUUGUUUUUCUUUUUGGUCAUUGUCAUAUUGUAGGUGGCACUGUUUUGGAAAACGCACAGGCCCUGUUAACCCAAGGCACAUUUUUGCAGCCAUUUUCUUUCCACACUCCAAGGAGUUUUUGUACUGUUUACCUCUCAUAAUGAUUUCAAAGUGAUGUGAAAUAAUCCAGUUUGCCUUGUGUAAACACCGUUUGAGGGAGGAAAGAAAAAUAUUGCGUACAGAACAUGAAUACCUCCACUGCUGAGGAAAUCUGACUUCACAGGCCUCUAUCUACUUGCGCCUGGGGUGAAGCCCAUCCACACACCAGUUUGGUACGGGUAUGUAACAUAAUUAAGUUUCGGCUCUUCAUUGCUGCUGGGUGCCCUGUGGAGAUUUGGUCCCUCUCUCCCAUCUCCUCUGGCUUUGAGAACGAUCAUGUUAACUUAACUUACAAAACGGCACAUUGGAGUAGACCUAGGAUAGAAAUGUAUACCCACCUGACCCAUCAGUUACCAUCUCACCGAUGAUAAACUAGAACAUUUUUUUUGGUGCUGUGCUACGCGUGGUGCAGAUGCCUCAUUCUUAUACACCGAGUCUUUGAGGAUGAAAGGCAGCGCACAGCAAGCGAUAGUCUUCUCAUCAGUCCUCCUGCCUAUUAAUCAUGAUUCCACAGAAAGGCUCAACUGAGUAUGUCGUAGCACAUAAUAUUAAAUUACACUAAUGUGCUUUUUAAACUUAAUUAAGCCUCCUUGCACAAGAUGGGGAGGGGCAGAUCACAUCUAUUGUCAGCAGGUGAAUAGAUGUUCUCUGCCACAGCUCGGAGACGAGACAUGAUGUACUUCCAACCUUUGCAAUGGAUUAUAGUAUGAAUGAAUGGAUUUGGCCUUUAUUAUGCUGUUAUUAUUUCAUCAUUUCAUUGAUUUCACUUAAUUUCUGCUUACAUUUGAGUUGAAGUUAGCAUUAUUCUGUUUAUGUUGUUCAUUGCGUUUGAUCUUGCUAAAAUUUUGACACGAAGAUCAAAAAUGAAAUUGGUCUUCCAGAUUUACUUGAAAUUUAGUUGUUUUUUUUUUUCCCCCUCAUGAACUAUAUUGUCCUUUUUUUCUUCUUCAGUGGGCAUCUAAGUACUUAUGUAAAAAAAAAAAACUUUUUUCAGGGAUUAUAUUUUCAUGAAAUCAUGCUGUUUUUGUGUUUGUGGUCAAAUGGAGAUUCUACAACUUUGGAACAGCUCUGGUCCAGUAAUGCUGACGACCUGUAAUGACUUAAUUUGACCAGUUAGCUGGCUACAUUAAUCCGGGUACCAGCAUUGUUAAGGCACAUACAUCAUGGCAGUUCUGGACCAGGGUGUGCCCCCUGUCGUGUGUGAUGUGUUCAGUUUCUUAAUUCCUGUCCCUAAUGUCUGCUCAAUAAGAUUUCAAGAUGUCUGCCUAAAUGUCUUAUCUGCAAAUGAGAUUGAAAGAGAGAGGAAGUGUUGGACGGUGAAGUGGUCCACCCAACAGCAUGGGGCAGCUUCCCCAAGUAGAGUACAGAAGAGCUGAUUAGUGGCACAGAUUAACCUUACUGCCUCGGUCACACCUGUCCGCUAAAAAUGAAGCUCCCCCAAUUCACUUUUCAACGGGAGGCCUAAUUAAAUUAGCUGUCAGUAAAAUUAAACGUGCAUCUAAUUAGUCUUAUUUGUAAUGUCUAUCUUGUGUAACAGUGAUUACUUAAUAUUGAUGGACACAUUAGCAGGUCUACCUGGACUGUAGUUGCUCACAGGGGUUGCAAACUGGCACCAGCUCUACCUGUAAAUAUUUGUAGACCAAUCUUUUGCUUUUCUUAAAUCUUUAUUUUCUAUAUCCUGGAAUAUACAUAGGGCAUUGCUAUUAUUUGAAUACGUGGCUUGGGCAAUGACAUUUUCCUGGUACUUUUCAGAGUUCUAUCAUUCAUGAAUAAGUCCAAAUAUAUGGCAUUAUUUUUUUAAAGUAUAAGAGUAUAUUUCACAUUAAUCACUUUAGAGGAUUGCUGUACAAUGAAUCUACAUGGUAGAAAUUGCACCUUCCAAAUCUUCAAAGGCCUCUCUUUGAAAAGGGACUAUUUUGGAUGGAAUGUCUAUGUUGUUUAUACAUUUUAAACUGUAAUAGCAGUAAAAUACCGUCGUACAUGAAUGUAUAUGUUAAAGAGUGUAAUUUGGUUUAGUGGUUUUGCUGCUUGUGAAAAUGAUUUAUCAGCACCACCACCAACACAAACACGCCGUCCUGUUGUCAGAAAAGUCUGAGACAUGGGUAUAGACUCUAUGCACGCAUAUACAUUCAUAUACAUGACUUAUCUCCCCUCAAAUUAUAAUCCUUGCUGGUUGUUACUGAAAUGUAAUCUCCCCUUUCGUAUCUCUGCUAGAGAUUCGGCAUGAUGUGUCGUAGAGAUUAGUAAGAAAUAAUAAUUAAAUAUAAAUUAUUUUAUCUAUAUAAACCAUUUCAGGCUGUUUCUCACCAAAUUAUUUUAUUUUGAAUGUACACAUUUUAAAUUCUGUAACAGAACACAAAAUGAAAGGAGUCUUUGCACAACGUGAAACAAUAUGCAAUGUCCUCAGUAAUGAUAGGGCAAUCAGGAAAGCCCUCUUAAGCAUUCAAUGUUAGACACUUGAGUAGUAUUAACUUUUGAGCCUUCAACUUGGACUACUUUAGACUGGUUUAUUUUUUUGUGUUUUUAUAUAAACUAUUUCAAUAAAUGAAGAAAUAAA